CGAUCUCGCGGAACUCAGCAAUUCAAAAGCAAUCUUCAUCUUGCUGACGGCUCGACUGGCAAGCGCAGUCACUGAUUGACGCAACACUGUGAUAAAAGUAUUCUUACCAAACAGCAUUCAGAGUAGCUCAUCGACCAUCAUUCGGAGAAGCCCCACGGGAAUCAUCAAGACAGCGAUUGGAGAGCGAAAUCAUGCCUAGUCUCACGUUCUGGGCGGCUUGCGCAGCAGCACUCGACCUGACUGCGGGAACUCCUCUCAAGAGACAUCAAUUCAAAAAUCAAGAUACAACAGGAUGCGGCAUGACCCAUAACGAAGGGUUCAACAAUGGAACGGCAGACCAUAGCAUCAAGUCCGGCGGCUACACCAGAACUUACGCAGUGAAUGUACCUGACGGUUACAACAACAAUACCGAGAAGAAGUGGCCGCUGAUCAUCGAUUAUCAUGGCAAUGGUGGGACGCCCUAUCAGCAGUACGACAACUCGCAGUACUACAAAUACCCUGCAGGUCAAGAGUAUUUGGUGGUCUAUCCCCAAGGCUAUAAUGGAUCCUGGCAGGGUCCUUCGUACGCGGUCAAAGGUGUCGACGAUCUACAGUUCACAACAGACCUCCUCGCCAAGAUGCGAACAAAGUACUGCAUCGACGACAACCGCGUCUACGCCUCGGGAAAGUCUAAUGGUGGCGGUUUUGUAGACACUCUUGCGUGUUCCGACAACGGAGAUGAAUUCGCCGCAUUCGCGAUGGCAUCUGCGGCGCUCUACACAGACACCAGCGAAGGCAGCUGUACGAAGAAGCGAGCAAUUCUAGAGAGCCAUGGCGACGAAGACUCCACGAUUCAUUACCAUCCAACCAAAGACGGCUCAGGCGGUCCAUUACCCGAUAUCUCCAAAUGGGUGUCGUGGUGGGGACAACGAACUUGCGGAUCCGGCACUGCGCCAGUCAACUCUGGAGACUUGGGAGGCUAUAAUACGACGUGCUACUCCUGCGGCGACUAUUCUGAUGUCAUCUCCCACUACCAGAUCUUCGAAUUGGGACAUUGCUGGCCAAGUUCCACGAGCAGUAAUUGGGAUGCGAGUGAUCAUUACAACCAGACAACGAGGAAGUGCUUGGACAAAGCCCUGGACUACACUCCAGUUGUGCUAGAUUUCUUUGGAAAGUGGAAUUUGGAUAAUGCACCAUAGACGCUGGGUCGACAGCAACAUUGACACCGUACUUCACAAAGAAAGAAAGAAAGAAAGAAAAAAUGCUAAGCAAG